ACGUGACUGCUUCGCCUCCAGCGCUUUGCGCGCGCCGUUGGAAACACGGAACGAACGACGAUACCGUGCGCCUCGCGAGCACGCGGCACAGCGCAUCAACCCAACCUCCUCGUGCGUGGCGCGCCGCGCCGUCUCGCCUCGGCCUCGGCGGCUCCCCAGGCGCCCCGAGACGCGCCAAGUCGACUUCGCGCGCGCUCUUCGAUUGUCGGUGGACUGGCCCCGUGCGUUCGGUUCUCCUCUUGGCGCGUUAAACUGAGACCGGAGGACAGUGCCAUGAACGGGACGUACCAGCCGAGGGCUGCAGCGUUGCAGCAACAGCGCUUGCAGCAGUCGCAGCAGCAAGGGGGAAACGACGAGCUGCGGGGCCCCAAGUGCGCCCGCUGCCGUAACCACGGCUUCCGCAUCCGCGUGCGAGGUCACAAGCGCCAGUGCCGCUUCAAGGACUGUGUGUGCCCCAAGUGCAAGCUGAUCGCCGAGCGCCAGCGCGUGAUGGCGGCCCAAGUGGCGCUGCGCCGGUCGCUGGCCCAGGACGAGGCUCUGGGCCUGGUGCCGAUAAUCGCGAUGCCGCAUGGAGUCGCACCGCACGACGCCGGCGGUGACUCGGCUGACGCCACGGCCAACGCUGCCGCUCAUGGGCCUCCCUCGUCGUGGACACAACAGCGUCGGCUGGCCGCUUCGCCGCUCGGCACCAACGCGGCCAAUGCGGCAGCGGCGGCAGCGCAGACCGCCGCCGCGGCCGCCGCUUUCAGGGCGGUCGCCGCCGCAGCAGCAUCUCCGGCACCCUCUGGGAGCCCUCUAGACCUGCAGAAGCUCGGCCUGAACGAGGCAGCGAUGCUGUACGGAGGCCUGCCCUCUUCGUGGUUCCUGCAGAACCUCUCGUCGCCGGCGCUCAUGUACCAGGCUCUGGGCGGGCUGCCGUACCCGCCUUACCCAUACUACCACCCGCAGCCUGCGUACCCGUAUCGCUCGUCGGGCUGCUACUCGUACCCGGUGGCCAGCGGGUCUCCGCCCGUGGGGGUCACGUCGUCGGGACCAGCGGGGACCGGCGGUGCUGCCGCCACCGGAGGAGCGGCCGCCGUGGCCGCCGCUGCCGCAGCCGUCUACGCGCCACACCUACUGGCCGCCCAGGCAGCAGCAUCCAUGAGCUCCGGCUGCCCCUCGUCGCGUAGUCCCGAAUUGGCGGCCGACCUGGCGGCGGCGGGACCCGUGUUCGGCGGCAUCUUCCGGCCCGUGGCCCUCAUGACCACCAGGACAGCACCGCCACAGCCUCCUCUGUCGGCGACGCCCCCCAACGACGAGUCGAGCGACCUGUCGGAGAGCGAGCGGCCGCGCAGCGUCAAGGAGUCGCUGGCGUUCACCGCGGAGGCCGCCCUCACCACGCCGCUCAGCUUCGCCAGGGUCAAGGAUGUGCGCUGAGACAAACAGCGGCCGUGUGUCCACUCGCCACCAACAAACAGGCGGUGCUUGGACGGACGCCGCCCCUUGGGUGCGCUGAGAAAAUCACUUUCACAAUUCACUCGUUUGGGUAAAGCCGCAGCUGCUGAAGAUAUACAAUUAAUUAAUUAAUUACUCGCGGAUAAACGUAAUGUCAAAUUAAGCGCCUCACCGGAGCUCCUCGCGCACGAGAACGACAAGGACUUCAGCCGCCUCCGAACGCCACCUCCAAGGUCAUCCAGGGGGCCUGAAUCUGCUCCUUCGGCCUCGGGCAGCUUUCCAGCGCCAAAUUCAUUUGGUCAACAACGUAUCAGGACUUCGUACUCAACAGUGUCCCCGUUGAAUGGACUGAUUUAGAGAGUUGUAGGAACAAAUUUUGUCUCCAUUGUCACCUCCUAGUUUUGGUGCGGUUAUACAUGUAGUGACUGUACGUACAUGUACAAACGCAGAGAUACAUACAUGUGAUUUAUAUUGUUCCUGUUUUGCAGACUCGUGCGCCGCAAAUGGCGCCGAGAAACGCCCCCCGAAGAGCUUAAGUUCGUUCACUAGCACGUUGUUCGUUUGUUUCUCUGUGUGUUUUAUAUCGCCUGCGUGUGCAUUUGCAUUCUGUUCUAUUCCAAUUGUGUGUGUGGUGUAUGUGUGCAUGGUUGAGGCAGAGAGAGCUGGACAAGGGGUCGCGCAUGCGCAGAGCACCCACCAACGCUACGCGCGGGAUGCCUAAACGCCCGGGCACUACGUGACAGUGAGCAAGCUGAACGAACCAACUAGCAGCAGCUGUGUAACUUAAUACGAAUGCGUGUGCCCAGUUAAAGAGAAAAAAAAAGGGAGUCAAGAUAAGAUACCUAUCCGAUGUAAUUGCUGGAAUAAGUCUACAGUCGCAGUCGUACGGCCGACAGCGAAGCCUCAGUUUUGCAUGAUAGCAAAAUCAAAGUCGAGAAAACGUAUAUCUUCCGCUAGCAUUGGCGGCGGCUGGAUUCAUUUACGAGAAACCGCUUUUUUUUUAAGUUGGCAUUCGAUUUUCGUAGAGUGGCGCUUUGACGUUGUAUGGCGCGUGCUCUUAAUUGUUAGCUGUCGAGUUGACCCUAAGGUGAAAAAGACUUGGCGCUUGCACGACGACCGCUACGGAAAGUUAUAUAAUCCGGCAGCCAGUCCGAAGCAAGAAGUUCUAUUGUAGCAACGUUUAGAAAGCGCUAACUUAACAGUUUGUUCCAUAAACAUUCUUUUUCGUUAUCCAAUACACGGUGGAACCGCAAAUCGCUCGUUAUUUCACCGUGUCACAAGAGUGCCAAGUAUGUACGUUGAGCUAGUUUGCUUACAUUAUAGUGACUGCAAUACUAAGAUUCGUUCCCCGCUACACACCGCAAAACUGCUUCCAGCUCGAAGGCUCGCGCCCUGGUAGUAAUGUAGUAAUGUAGUCAGAGAUUUAACAGUGCAUUAUUCCAUCAGAUGAAAUUAAAUACAGAGAAGUGAGAACAAACGUGAAUUUGGCAUUCAGAAGUCAUGACACUGUCACAAAGCGGCGUUCUGCUAUCUACUUUUCGUUUGUUUCUUCUUGCCAGAAUUUUCACAAGAAUUUAACAUUUUCUAUCAACCGCGUACGUUAGUACUUUACAGUGACGUCGCAGAUAAAUAUAAACGUUUCAAGUUGGAAGCUAAAGAUGCAGGAAUUCAAUAAGCUCAAGUCUUCAAUUCGAAAGUUAAGAGAGACCAGAUUUUAGCUGUUCAGUCGUUUUACCAAUAAGAGAACAUUAACUUUCGCAGUGUGACGCUUUUUACCGACGUGUCGUGGAUGCUACUACCGUUUCGAGACGUCAACCAAUUUAGUAUUAUACUCGACGAAUUCACACAUUGUCUAAAAACGUACAACCUCCGUGGUUUCUUGGGAGUUGAGUCAAGCCCGCGAGCAUUUGCAUCAAAUAUAGGAGGCAGUGAACAGAACUAGCACUAACGUCGCGAGCACAAUCGAAGAUUCGCCGAGCUUAAAGCCGUAAACACUAAAGCAGGAAGUGUUGGUCACUCACAGGCUUCAGCGACAGCUUUCUACAAUGGUUGCAUGAGUGUGAACCGCUUUAUUUUUAGAAUGUCUGUUAGGAGAUGAAGGACAGAGUGUGUGCCCAUGGUAUUUUGCUACGAUAGGUUUUUACAGUCAUGUCUCGCGAAUUGUAAACAAUUAAGUGGACUGCUGUUUGAGGUGUUGAUAUGUGGACGCUAUUACAGUCUGCGAUGACCAAAAAUGUGCCAUUUGCGAAGGUGCCGGAGCGCUCAAAGUGUCGUUACGACAGCUACGUACUUCAGUGCGUGUGCGUAUCGAACUGCACUAAGAUGUCAGACGAGCGGAUGUGAGCCACAAGUGAAGUACUCUCGACCAGGGCACGUUUUAAUAAACACUAGGGGUGGUUCUACCGUGACUUCACGGAUUGCCUAGUAUUUCUCACAAUGCAUUUGCACUGUAUAAAGCUAAUGACGCGUAUAAAAUGUGGACUGACAUUUGGUACUUCUAUCACAAUAUUGUUUUUUCAAUGCAACACGCCAUGGACAGAAAGGAAAGCUUUCCUACUAAACUGGCAUAACAGCAGCCAGUCAAGUAGAAAUGUUGUGUUACUUUACCAGUAUUCACAACAAUUUAGAUCUUCAGAUGGCAGCAAAUCUAAUCAGGACUUUUCAUAGUGCAGUCUAGCAGUGUGGUUGUGUAAGAAACUUAUCAAACGAUGUUAUUUAGCCAUGAACUAUUCAUAUUCACGGAUAGAAUCACCCGACUUCAGGACAAACUUGUAGACUCAUGGAGGAGCUUGAAAAAUCAUAUUAGAGUGCUUAACAAAGGAUUAGUGCGUGUCGUGUUUUGAAAAACGUGAAACCAGAAGUGCAAUUUUGAUGAUGGUAGUUGCAAUUGCACACCCUUUCUGUGUGCACAUGCCAGUAUUUGGUCUGAUGUACAGAGUGUUGACAUGGCGUUAUUGUCUUUGCAAACAUGGCUUAGUCGCUUCCCAAUAACUUAAGUGCACUGUUUCAAUUCUCAUGUUGAAAACAGAAUGUAUUAAUUAUUUUUAGUUUCUCUCGCCCUUGAAACUUCCUUCAGCAUUCAAACAACAACAUAAAUAUAUAUGUAAUCAUACUUGCAUUGCCAUGCUCACGUUGUCAAAGUAUGCCAAUACAACUAAUUAAAACACAGAUUAAAUUCCAAGCAAACAUUUAUAUCGUGGACAGAGUCGUGCAGCCGAUAUAACGGCAUAACCGCAAUGGACGAAGGUUCCAUCGUGGCAUUUCCCCGAAAAUCCAGCAAUCUGCUAAACUCGGGGAAAUCGAAUUGCAGAAACUGCAGUUCGAUUUCACGAUGGUCGCUUUGUCACGGACGCAUGUGCACACAGAAGGCGGAUGCAGUCAUGAGCUGUGAUAGACGUGCCGCAGAUAGGAGAAGGUUUGCGUCAUCAGAUGACAGCAGACCUCUUUCUGUUCGGUGCAUAAAGUAUUCGAGGUUUACCCGUGAGGAGCGAAGUAAAGUGCAUUCAGAAGACCGGAAGACGACGACCCAAACGCGCAAGUCUUCAGUCAUUGCCUAUGCAUGAGUUUAGUGGGGCGCCGCUAUAGGUUUAAUGAAAACAAGUGCUGGUCGCAAGAAAACGUUAGACAAGCCUGUCUUCAAGAUAGUGCUAAGAAAGUCGUACGCAAUCUAUCGGUUUUCGUUUUUUUUUUUAAAGUCCGGUACAUACUCAAUUCUGAAAGAGCACGAAAUAUUACGUCAUAUUGAUCAAACCCCAGCAAUACCAUUUAGCAUUGCCUUGGAGGCAAGUCUGAUUCACAGCAGUCAACAAAACGGUAUGAUACCUUGGUUUACUAUAUCUCGCUUACUUUUCAAACCUUAAAUACGUGCAUAAGAACAUAAAAUCGGCAGCCGAAGGUUAAUGAAAGCAAGCAAAACGUACAGUCGGCGUCUUAGAAUCUCAGAAGCAGCUCAGUAUUACCGCAGCCUCAGCAGGCAGCCUGGAAUUUAGAUCUGCAACUUGGACUAGCAUGUACCACCACCACAGCGCGACACAAUUUUAUGAAUUCCAGGCAAAAAAAAAAAAAAACUAUGCGGGUAUACAGCUAUUAAGUGGAAACCACGCUCCGUAGAUUUUUGACGCCGACUGUACCUUCUGGCGGAAAAGUUAUUUAUUAUCGACAGAAAAGAAACUAACCGGCUGUCCGCUAGAUGUUGCGUCAAAUAUCUAUCUGCGAAAGAAAGAAAAAGAACCAUAGCUUUCUGUUCACUGCUGUGCUGCUCGUUUUCUUGCGACCGAGCCCCGGUGACUGUGAUACGAUGAUAGUAGUAACUGUGGUCGAGGAGUGAAAGCGACGCAAAUACAUAAUAGUCUUGGAGAGCGAACCUUACGCAGAAAGGAGCUAUGCACUUUUCUUUUUUUUUUCUGUCGAGCUGGUAUCCGACCGCCGCACGUGUGAUAUAGACGAGCCUUUUGUACAGGAGCUUUCUUCGCGGAGAGUCGUUCGGGAGUGGCCUUUGGCUUCAGGCAAGCCGCAUAGGAAUACGCGAAGCGCGCAAUGCAAGCGCUGAGACGCUGCUGCGAGGCAGCGCGGAUCGCAAACAGAACACAAGUGCACUGCGGCGACGAGGUCAACCAGUGGCUUCCAAACCUAUGUACGCGUUACCGCGAUGUACUUACUGUAGUUACGUCUGCUUAGCCGCAUUUACUAGAACACUGGUCAGCCUCGCCUCUUCAGAAGCUGAACUUCACGUUGCAGAGAACGUGCGAAGGCACUCCGACGAGGUGGACCGAGACGUUAGGAGUUUGUUGUACAGCUCUGGGAUGGGGGACUAUUCAACACAAAGGUUUUGCUUUCGUUUGUCUGGAAUGCAUAGGAUUUGUGUGCGCGACGACAUUUUGGUACUGUGUGCAUAUAUGUAAAGGGAAGCGUAUGUGUGGUAUACGAGUCGUGAAUUAUUUUCAGUUUUCCUGCGGCGGCUGUCUACUACUCUGUUCUUGUUCGAGUGUGCUUGAGCGUAUGUUGAUAAGGUGCGCGUUAUUGUAGCCACUGGCAUUCUUGUUUCAUCAAUAGCUGUUAACGAAAGUAUUGAGGCGCAUAAAUAUAACUUAGACGAAGGAGUUCUGUGAACUGAGUAGGCUGGUGGAGCAAGCUUGUCCUGGCAAAAGCACCGUGUGUGGACGUAACUGUCUAUAUAUGACAGCGACAUGAAAACUAAAUUGUUGCUUAUGCGAAUAGCUAAUGGUAGCUUUAGGCUGAAGGUAGGAUAAUGACUGCAGAGAUGGCUUCAAAACAGUCUUCCUCCCCCUCUUGCAUCGAGGCUGCCUUUUUUCGUUCUUCUUUUUAAUAAGACAAGUUGACAAAUGACAACUAAACGUUCGUCCGCCUUCGGAAGCGCUGUUUUGAAGCAUCUCAAGGAAAGACCCGAAUUUUCAUUUUUCUUGUAUAAUGAUGUGUGGCGCAUAGAGUUGACCUUCACAAGAAAUCUAAAGAAAUAUCAAAUGGUGUUCCCGUUUGUUUUCGCCCAUUUUGUGCGUGAUGUACAAACUUGCGUCUGCCCAUUGUGAUUGUUAUGUCGUCUGUCAAAACAGGGUUAUAUACAGUAGGUAAAAGAAAUACAAGAACAAUGUCCAAUUUUGUUUCUUUUCUAUUCGAGUCGAGAGUGUGAAUGGCUAGUCCACUAACUAUGCUCUCUUCGUUAAAUUUAACAUUUAAAUAAAUGUUCCAGUGAAGCCGUCUUGUCAAUACGAACUGAGUCACAUAAGGCUCGGCGUAUCAUGGUCAUGAGCCUAUGGCACCUUGCAUAUCACUGUAGAGUUGUAAAGUGCGUUUCCAGGUCUAUACGCGACAUUGUGUGUCAUGUACCGUGCUUGCAGAAUUUAUGAAACCAAGUGUUAUGUGUGCUUGCGUGAACGUGAAGCUUCCAUGUCACCUGCCCGCCCAUUGCAACAUAUGCUACAGAACCAUCCAGAAAAAAGAAAACGUUCCUGUAUCGCGAAGUGCUGUUCUCCCGUGAUUGCUUUAGUUAUCUUAGUUACUAGUUACCUUAGUUAUGCGGCCGCCUGCUACACUGGCGCCGCACGAUGACUGCCAGCUAAAAGCUUUGCCAUUCUCUUGUCGCAAGAACGCACAGUGACGUGAUAAUUUAUACUCGGGAUCAACUUUUUGAGCCGCUACAAAUGUACAGACCGCGUUACAGUUGUGCUCGAAUGUUGCGCUGCAGAGCGAAAUAAGUCGUUAGCAAGUAGGUCCAAGCAACGCUGGUCACGCCUACGUAGGUUGCGUGCACAUGUUACACCGCCACUGAUGACAAGCGUUACAUAUUAGGGAGUUUUAGCUUGACGUACAAGUGUUACACUGACCGUAUCCAUGUGAUACCGAGACGCCAACGGCAACAGCGGGGCUGGUGGCAAUAUCUUGUGGCGCUGUUUUCAGUUAGACAUUCUUUCCAGCAACGUUCUCGGUUCGACUUCGAGAAAUAGUCUCGCCUUGCGGAACUAUUAUAGCUGGGGAAAGAGCGAACAUGUCCUUUCGAAGAUUACGUCAAUGCUGAAAUGCUUACGCCAGCAAAUAGGUCACAACGCAUUCAAGUGUAUCCACCAACUCUGAUGUGCUAGGCUACACCUCCUUUGUCAGGGUAUUGACAUAACUGUAACGCAGCGCGGGUGUGUAAUUCUGGCCACUGUGGAAUUCCACCAUGUUUUUCUUCUUUCAGCCAAUCAAAGAAGCUGUGACCCAUUUUUGAGCCAACCAGAGAAGGCAAAAUAGCGGAAUUCGACAACGUGGCCAAAUUUAACAGCGUCCCCUGGUGGCGGAGUUUUGUAACGGUGUGUAUAGGAUAAGGCUGUGCUCGAAGUGUCUGAGUUGCCCUGCUUUCCUUGACAGAAAAUAAGCAAUAUUAGCAGCCCUGGAUAAAUUUUCAAUUUAGCAGGUAAGAACCUCAAUGUCGCACAGUACCACAGUGCGACUUCGGUUGUACACAUUGUUACAAGAUGUCGCCAUUGUAUAGCUGGCGUUCCCGGUCACGUCUCAGUAUUGCAGUAAUACGGUAAUGAUAGGGGAAUAGGUGUGCGUCUGGCACCUAUUACCUCUGUCGUCACACGGUCCAAGCACUUACGUCCAAGCAUCGUUUUUUUUUUUUUUUUUUUCGCUCUGUGGCACACUGUACGAGCGCCCUACGCAAGAGUGCGCGACAGGCUCUUUGAAUUGCCAGCUCUUUUGCUCGUUAUCAGAUAAUAUCUUUGCCGUAGUGAUUUCCGCGGCAAUCUGAAUGUUUUUAAUCAAAUUAAUUUAAAGUAGGAUAGAUUCGUGUUAUUGGCAUAACUGUGUUAGAUGAACGAACAUUUUGCGCUAUUAGCUGCCUCAUGGUUUACGCGUCAAGCAUGUUUUUUGCGAGUUGUUGAGUUCCGGAUGUGGACUAGUUAAUCAGUUUGUCAUCGAGCAAGCAAAAUGAGAGCAAAACAGCACUUUCUUCCAGUUUGACAACGCAUGACACAUUAAUGUUUUUUUUUUCUUCAGAUGACGACACUGCCAAAAUUAUGAAUAAGACAGAGGUUCACAGGAAGAUGGAGGCAAUAGGUAAUUUACGUUAGAGCCACUGCAAUACUAAGGACUGCUGGGCGUAAUACAUAGCUAUUCACGAAACUUGAUACGCCCUGAAGCAGGGCGCUAUAUAUAUAUAUAUAUAUAUAUAUAUAUAUAUAUAUAUAUAUAGGGUCUUCGCGGAACAUUUUUGCAGUCGAAACGUUGCAGCGUCCACAGCUUUGCACGCUGGUACUUACAACUUGGAGACACGCAUAUAUACGUUCAAGCAAAGGGUCGUCGACGAUGUUGUUUGUGACUAUUAGAACAUGCAUCUGUGGUUGAUGUGGCAUUCUUAGCGACACCACAGUAAGACUCAAUUCCUAAUCUCACCAGUUUCCGCGCUAGGCUUAGACAUGUACCAUACAUAGCUUUGUUGAGCUGGAAUUAAGUGCUGUCAGUAUAUUUCACUCAGAGGUGUCUUUUCGUGGUGUCUUUUUCCUUUUCUUUAUAUUGUCGUCAUUCCUGUCAUUUAAAUGAUGGUGCGUGCUUGGGUUCCAGUGUCCGAGUCCGCUGCUGCAGUUUGUAUCAGAAGAAAAAUGUGUUACAAGAAGUAACAGAUGCGGACUGCUUCGCAGCCAAAACCACGAACCACUGCCCCCGUAUACGCAGUCAAAGGCUCUUCGAUAUUGUAACGUUGUUCAUGUUUCAUGGCCAAAAAUGGCUGCUAGCUCACUACUUUUGAAGAAAAAAAAAUGGCAAAAGUUAGUGCUCUAGUUCCACUUCGGACAAACCAGGGUGUUUUUUCAGCUCGAGCUCUGCUCGACGAGAUGUUUUUCCUGCGUUUUCUUACUUCCACGUUUCGUCCAUGCAACUACUGCUCCGCCGUCUCCCGAGUGCUGGUGUCCUGCAAAAAAAAACACGCCUUCCUCUAAGUCGGAAUGUCGCACCACUGUCCAAUGUCACUCGUGCUCGUACCCUUGUAGAGAACUCCUUCUCAGCCCACGCAGACCAAGAGUUUCCACUCGUCGUCUUUGUUAUAAGCACUGGAAGCUCUAUUAACGCGUAGAAAUUAGUAAGCCGAAAGCCUUUCACCGACGAAAGUCGAGCCGCGUGAAAAAGCCCGGUAAGGUAUUGUUACAUCGACAAGCAAGUUCUAACGAAAUAAAAUCUGUGCGCAGCCCUUUCAUUCAAGCGGGACUUGACGGGUGUCUCAAGGCCAAGAUCCGCAAAUGUGCAUUCAUUGCAGUAACUUUGCUUAUGCGCUUGAAUAGAGCUUCUCUCUGCGCUAUCGUUACGUAACCAAGUUUCGUCCUCUUGUUAAUGCACCGUCAACAGAAAGUGAUAUGUAUCAUUCUUGUCUGGGUCAGAUCUUUGUAAAGUGUGUGUCAAAGCUACGCAAGCCAAUUUGCACGUUGCAGAAGUGAUCGUUCAAGUCGUGUAUUGAGCUACUGUGAUGGUCAUGGCUUUCUAUUGCUCCGGGGAGCAAGGAAGGCAGCCCUGACCACUCUAUAGACAUCGCCCUUGGAAAUUUUCUUCAUGGUCGUUCAGCAUAGAAUUUAUAAGGAUAGCUUGCCGAUGUGUGUAGAAAAUACGCAGUUUGUUGCAAGGGCUCAACUCCAGGAGCACCGCAGUAGUCCGCUGCACGGUCUCAAGUCCGCUGACGUGCGGACUGGCUUGCUUACUUUUGAGAGUGACUUUACAGUUUGUAAGCCGCGCGACCAAGUUCAUCAUUCGGUGCGUGUUCAGCCCACGAGGUAACCGUGUACCCUGAUAUAGUAUACGUGUCCCCGUAUCAUAUAGUCUUUGAAAUCUAUAAGAACAAAAAUACAUACACACCCAAAAAAGAGGUGCACUUUAUUUUGACCUGUCCGACAAUUCACGACUCUGUAUUUUCUACUCCGCCUUUUUCGAGUGCCCGGUGCCUGUGUGUUUUGAACUCGUGUAUUAUAAUAACUAUUAUACCGCUGUUGUGUGACUACAUUGUAACAUAUUAUACCGGAGUAAAAGUGGUGUUUCAUACACAAUAAAAACUGAAAGAUA